CGCGCCUCGACCACGACCAUUACUUCCUGCCUCCCUCAUCGCCUCCAAUUGGCCAGCUGCAGACAGUCGCCUCCCCUCUUCUUCGCAAUCAGCCUCGCCCCGUGUUCUCACCAGCAAUGCCAGCAGCAGCAGCAGCGUCAUCCAGUCCAGCGCACAGUCGAACCGGCCGAUCCAAGAGCGCCAAUCAAGAAGCGGAGACGUCCUUGGCCGGUGCGACAUCCACAGCCUCGCCUGCUGCCCACGAGACAAACGGAAGCGGCAACGGAGAUGCCGAAGGAGACGAGGAAGACGAAGAGGGAGAAUACGAGAUUGCAACCAUCAUCUCCCACGAGACGGGUCUAUAUGCUGAGGUGAGUGGUACUAUGCUCGGCAGAGCGCGCAUAGCAUAUACGCGACAUCCGCUCACCCCGGCUCCGCGUACAUGCGCUGCCAGAACGAAAUGGCUUACUUCGUAUCCUGGGUAGGCUACGGUGACGAGCACGACAGCUGGGUGCGUGAGGAGGAUGCAGAGAAUGCGGCAGACAUGCUCGCCGAGUACUGGAAGAGGCAGAAGCGACCUGCCAAAUCGAUCCUGGCCAUCUCCAAGACGGCGAGGCAGGUGUGGGCUCAGUUGGAUAAGGACAAGGAGCUCAGCCAGUCGCAGGGAGGUGCGGGAUCGAAGAAGCGGGGAAGAGGAUCACACGCUGCCGGCGCGAGUGGAUCGGCGGAUCCUUCCUCUUCGCGGGGGAAGAGCAAAUCAAAGAAACAACGCAACGCAGAUGCCGACGCGGAAGACGACAGCGACGAUCCCGAUGCAGACGUAGAUCUGACCCUCCUGAGCAGCGAAGAGCGAGAAGUUCUCCUCAUCAAACGCGCUCGUAAGAAGUACGAGCGCGUGGCGGACUGGGAGGAUGUGGUGGACGCUGUGGAGACUGUAGCGCGUACAGACCAAGGACGACUAGUUGCGUCGGUCAGGUUCAAGGAUGGAGCCAAGUUCAAGUUCGAGACUCCCAUUGUCAACAGGAGAUGCCCACAGAAGAUGCUAGCGCUUUACGAGUCGAGGCUGAGGUGGACCCCGCCUAGUAAGGAUGUCCCUCCUGUGCCGGAUGCCGUGCCAGCUCCACCUCCGGCGGCACCACCAGCAGCAGCAGCAGCAGCAGCAGCAGCAACAACAACAGCAGGGGUGGGAUCAGAAGCUGAUCAGCCAUCGGCAACAGGGGGAGGCGAUGGUGCAGCGGAAGCAGGCGUCACUGGCGAGGCGACAACACAGCAAGCUACGCAGCAAAAUGGAGGGACCACGCAACCGGAUACGGAAGCAGCGACUCAGCAGGGUCAUGAUGAAGAGAUGGCGAGCGCGACAAAACAAGGCGAGGAAGAGGCGUCCACAUCAGGGCAGGGAGAGACCUCUGGCGCAGAGAACGAGGCACAGCCGGUAGCGGUACCGUCAGCGGAGGGAGAGGCACAGGAUGGCGACACAGCGGGACGAGAAAGUGUCGGUGCCGUCGAUCCUAGUCAGAUCAUCUUCAGCGAUGUAACCAUGUCCGAAAGCGUGGGCGCGGAUCCGAGGCCAGAGGCUGUUGCAGGGCCGGGGCCCGGGGCAGGUGUUGGGGAACAAAGCGUUGAGAGUGCGGCUAGUGCAGAGGCUGAGGCUGUAUUGUAAUCGCUUCAUUCGAACUGCAUCAUUGGUCCAUCCCAAGGGGUAUCUGUGUCAUUUCAGAAGAGAGCCUUCGUCGUGGCAGCCUGAGGCUGAGGGCGGGGAUUGGACGCGAAGGCGAAAGCGGCGGAGGCGUGGAGUCGAGAGAGCGGAAGCGGCCUUUGAUGUGAUCCUGGCAGAAAGUUGGUCCUGCGACUCGCCUUGCC